UUUCAUUUAGCCAAAGACAAUCAAACAAAUCGCACGUUACAGGCUUUCGUGAUCAUCGGGCUUCUGGCUCUUGCGCAAGCCGAGGAGGCUGCGAAAAAUGCGGUACCCAUAGCUUCGGAGACGUCGAUAAAUGAAAAGAAGUCCGAGGAGAAGUCGAAGCGCGGCCUGGAGCUGAGCCUCGGCGACCACUUUGGCUUCGGGGAUCUCGGCGGCGCUGGUCUCGGCGACCUGGGUAGCAGUAUCAGCGAGCACGAGCACGUCUCCCACGGGCACAUCAAAGCUGUCACCAUCACCAAGCACGUACCCGUGCUCCAGCCCUACCCAGUACACGUCGAGAAGCACGUGCCGUACCCGGUGAAGGUGCCCGUCAAGGUCCCCGUUGACCGGCCUUACCCCGUUCACGUACCUCAGCCGUACCCCGUCAUCCAUGAGAAGCACGUGCCCUAUCCCGUGGAGAAGCCUGUCCCGUACCCAGUCAAAGUGCCCGUUAAGGUGCCGGUGAAGGUGCCGUAUGAAGUGAAAAUACCCAUCAAGGUCCCCGUGGAAGUCCAUAAGCCAGUACCUUAUCCAGUUAAAGUACCUGUUGUCGUUAAGGAACCAUAUCCAGUUUAUAUUAAAGAACAUCAUCAUCAUGAACACGAAGGAUUCGGUGAUUUUGGACAUGGAUUUAGUUAUUACUAAUUUUUCAAAUACUAAUUUAAAUUAUGACGAUCUCACGACUGAUAUCUUAUUUUG